UAAUAAUGAUCGCGCGAUCGGACCACAACAGCUGAGAUGAGCCGACAACGUAAACGGACUGAGUGUGCAUGAGUGAACCGACCCACACUUUAUCACCAGAUUUCGAAGCAAAACAGACAAAAUACUCAAUCAUUGACUGUCUCCUUCAAGUCUUGAGUAGCAGGCUAAUAAGGCCUACAGAACCCAACUUGAACCUCCUAAUCUGAACCUUCAUGUUUUCCUGCUGAAAUGUCACAUGAUCCAUCUUCCUGCCUUCAGUAGCCAGCUACAUAUUCUAGGACCUGUACCGAGGCAACACAUAUGCUGCAAUAGUGAGCUCCAUUCACCACUACACAUCCUGCUUGCCCAACGCGCUGAAACUGUUACACUCCAUCAUAGAAAAGGUGGUCUGCAGAAUAAGCCAAAGUCAGACAAUAAACAUGGCUUCUCAGGGGCCAGUGUCCUCUCCGCAGAAUCCCAGCGGUCAGGCAUCCAUACCAGGUGGUCAACAACCAAAGGAGAGCUUGAGCACCCAUUCCUUUGGCCAUACCAUGGCCAUUCUUCUGGACAGACAGAAAGUAAAGCUAUGUCGAUCCUUGUGCAGACGCGGUGUUGUUCUCUUCCUUAUUGGCAUUGUGAUGGCUCUUGUACUUAAUCUACUUCAAGUCCAGAAUAAUGUCACAUUGUUCCCCCCUGAGACUCUGGACAGUAUUUCCUCCUCGGCCUGGUGGGUUGCACCUUUCUGUGGCUCUGCUGCUGUUCUGGUCGGCCUCCUCUACCCAUGCAUAGAUGAUAAGCUUGGAGAGACGCCAUACUACAAGAGAGAGUGGUCCCAUGUCAUGCGAUGUCUUGCCGUCUUCGUAGGAAUUAACCAUGCUUGUGCUAAAAUUGAAUUUGCCAACAAUCUCCAAUUUUCUCUGACAUUGGCUGCAAUGUCCCUUGGUCUAUGGUGGCUCUUUGACCGAUCAAGGAGUGGGUUCGGUCUUGCCCUCACCAUUGCCUUCUUAGCCACUCUCAUCACACAGCUCCUUGUCUAUAAGGGAGUGUACAGGUACACUGAACCCGACUUCCUUUACGUGCGAUCUUGGCUUCCAUGUGUGUUCUUCUCAGGAGGUGUAACAAUAGGCAAUAUAGGCAGACAGCUAGCAUUGGUUGACCGUCAGUUUGCAAAGGAACACAUGAGUUGAAUUCUUCAGAGUGGAAGAAAGAGACUUCUAUAAUGAGUUUAUUCUUGAGACGAAGAACUUACAACUGCAGCUGAACUUACACACGCAAGCGAAGAGGCUAGAUGUCGCCGAAAGCACAGCAAGAUGGCUUCAGAAGCUGAUGGCAUAUAAAGACUGGAGCAAGAGCAUGUCGGCUUGUAUUUAUCAUGAUGAGAUUUGCUAUCUUGAGGACAUAAUUUACAUGCUGCAUGUUGCAUUGAAGUUGGAACACUUCAGAUGAGCCUUGCCUGGUAAAUGACAUCUGAAUAGCUCUGCGACAUCUGUAAUAGCUGCAUGAAUACUGCCGAAAGACAUCCAUGGAGCUGCAUUGGUGCCUUCUGCUUAGUCAUUUCUUACGGAGCAAUCGUUGCAGGACAGCAGGACUGAGAUGCGACCUAUUAAUGCAGUAUUUAAGAGCUUUUGAUGCAGACAUAUGCUGUAAUGUCUAUCAAGGCAUGAUUAUUCAAGGGAACUGAUUGCCCAUUGGCUACUUAGACUGCUUCCUGCAUCCAGAAUGGACAUUGUAUUUCCUGAGCAAUGAUUCUUUGCUUUAAUAGGACAGGGAGUAGAGACAUAUUUGUUAUGCUCGAUAAAAAAACUGACCAUUAUUAUUUUUUUAUCAUUAGAUAUAAGCAUGCUUCUUGAUUGCUAAAGCUCUCUAUUCGCUUCACCGUGUAGGAGAACAUGGACGUUUUGUACUUAGAGCUGUAUUUCUACCCAAGAUGUGCCAUGAUUGAGAUUUACAGUGUUAUGAAAACAGUACCUGCAAGCUUUGCCUGCCAUAGCAGUGGACAUCUACAAUCAAUAUCUUUACCUGUAAGAGGACACAAAGGUGACUCCAUAUCCAAGUUUGAUUGUGGCUAACCUCCUCCAAACUUAAUGGACCUGAAGCCAUUGCUGUUCAGAUGAUUACUUACUCUAGGGUCUUCCAAAUUUAGAUCCACCCAUACUUUGAAUUUGUCCAUAAGGAUGUUUACUCACACCAUUUCAAGUUUAUUGUAA